AUGGAAAAGCCAAACCAUUUCCUCCCUAUUCUCAAGCUCGUUGUCUCCCUCUUCCUCUUCUUCUCCUUUUGGAUCCUCCUCUCAUACUUCUACGUCUCCCCACAAUUCCAACCACCCACACUACCCGACCCACCUCCGCCGCACCGCAUGCCGGCUUCAUGCGACUCCGACAUCGCCUCAUUCUACAUCUACGACCUGCCCGACCGCUUCGACCGCAACCUCCUCCGCAGCUGCCGCGAUCUCAGCCCCCGCACUGACAUGUGCCCCCACGUCGCCAACCGCGGCCUCGGCCAGCCGGUACCGCACCGCCCCGACUGGUUCGCGACAUACCAGUUCAUCGCAGAGAUGCUCUUCCACGCCCGCGCCGAGCGCCACCCUUGCCGCACCUUCGACCCCGACUCCGCCGCUUUGUUCUACAUCCCCUUCUACGCCGGCCUGUACACGUCGUCGGUGUUCGGCCAGAGGAACCACACUCUCCGCGACGCCCUCGGCCUCGACCUCGCGGAGCACGUCUCCCGCCUCCCGACGUUCCGCCGCCGCGGCGGACGCCACCAUUUUCUCAUCACCGGCCGCACGUCGUGGGACCUAAUGCGGUUGAACGACUCGAGCAGGAAGUUCAACCGCCUGCUCCGCCUUCCGGCGCUGGCCAACGUGUCGAUCCUCACCAUCGAGCGCCAUCUGUGGGAGGGCAAGACACAAUUCGGCAUCCCCUACCCCUCCUACUUCCACCCGCGCUCCGCCGACGAGCUCACCGCGUGGCAGGACGAGGUGCGCCGGGCGGAGCGGACCCACCUCUUCGCCUUCGUCGGCGGGGCGCGCAACGGGGGCCAGAAAGAGGUUAUGCGUGCGUUGACACUGGAACAGUGCGGCUCGUCGAGCCGGUGUCUCCAGCUGGAGUGCAAGCAGGCUUCCGGUUGCUACACGCCGGGCAGGGUCAUGGACGUGCUGAUGCGCGCCGAAUUCUGCCUGCAGCCGCAGGGCGACACGUUCACGCGGCGGUCGGUGUUCGAUUCGGUGCUGGCCGGGUGCGUGCCGGUGUUCUUCUCCAAGCACACGGCCUACACACAGUACGCAUGGUACGCGCCCGGGCGGGCGGAGGAGUGGUCGGUGUUUCUGGGGCCGGAGCGGCGGGGGCGGAUCGAGGAGGAGCUGAGCCGGAUACCAAAGGACGCGGUGGCGCGGAUGCGGGAGGUGGUGAUCGGGAUGAUCCCGCGCGUCACCUACGCGCACCCGAACGCCAGCUGGGCCGAGGGGCGGCGCUUCCGCGACGCCGUCGACGUUGCGCUCGCCGAGCUCACCAAGCGUCUGCAGCAAACGCCGGGCGACUCCAACAACAAUAGCAUGAAGUAAAUUAAUCUUGAGAAGAGAGAUCGAUCUGCUUUAAAUUCGUUUAUAUUGUCACUACAUUCUCUCUCUCUCUUCUU